AUGGAUUUCCAGAAUCGAGCUGGAGGUAAAACUGGUGGAGGUGGUGUUGCUUCAUGGUCAGAUGCCAAUGUUGAUCGACGUGAAAGAUUAAGGCAACUUGCUUUAGAAACAAUCGAUUUGCAAAAAGAUCCAUAUUUUAUGAAAAAUCAUCUUGGUGGAUACGAAUGCAAACUUUGUCUUACACUUCAUAAUAACGAAGGAUCAUAUCUUGCUCAUACACAAGGUAAAAAGCAUCAGGCGAAUCUUGCUCGGCGAGCAGCGAAAGAAGCGAGUGACAUGCCUUACAUGCCUACACCUCAGCAAGUUAAAAUCGAACCUAAGAAAUUCGUCAAAAUUGGUCGACCUGGCUAUAAAGUUACAAAAGAACGCGACCCAGCUACAGGGCAACAAGCUCUUCUUUUUCAAAUUGAUUACCCAGAAAUAGCCGAAGCUUAUGAGCAAAAAGUACAGCCUCCAGAUAAAAGAUGGCAGUACGUUUUGUUUGCAGCAGAACCAUAUGAAACAAUUGCUUUUAAAAUUCCUUCAAGAGAAGUUGACAAAAGUGAAGAAAAAUUUUGGACAAUGUGGAAUAAAGACACGAAACAAUUCUUCAUGCAAUUCGCGUUUCGAAGUGAUCGUAGCUUACAUGACGAAAUGUUACCACCUCCACCUGGCUCAAUGCUCCCACGUCCUGGCGCCGUACCACCACCCAUGUUUUUACCUCCACCUUUCUAA